UCGCUGUGAUGUUCUUAAAACUCAAACCAACUGUGAGAGUGAAUCCUCAGAGAUUUAUCGACACUGGAGACACCAUCACUCUGAUGUGUGAGCUGCAGGAGACGAAUGGAUGGGAGUUUCAAUGGUACAAAAAUACACAGAUUGUGAACACUGUAACCACCAACACACUCAGUGUGAGAGCUGAUAAUGCAGGAGAAGCAGUGUAUCAGUGUCGUGCACACAAGAAAACCUACAACAACUAUAACAAAUACUACACAAGUCUCAGUGAUCCUGUCAAGAUUACAGCAAAAGAAAAAUCCAAACCGACUGUAAGAGUGAAUCCUCAGAGCUUCAUCCACACUGGAGACACCAUCACUCUGAGCUGUGAUCUGCAGGAGACGACUGGAUGGGAGUUUUUCUGGUACAACAAUUCCAAACUUGUGAACACUGAAGUUACCAAUACACUCAGUGUAAAAGUCAUUAAUACAGGAGAAACAGAGUAUCAGUGUGAGGCAAGCAAGACAAUCUACUAUAUCAACUACUAUAACAUCUACCACGACUACACACAGCGCAGUGAUUCUGUAAAGAUUACAGUAAAAGUACAGGGAAAAGCAAAGAAGAGCAAGACUUAGAUUUGGGAAGCAGAUUAGGAGAAACUCACUGGAGGAAUUCACAUGGCAGUUUGGGCAAAAAAAUAAACCGAGAAUAGACCAAGAGGAGCAACUUAAAUAC